CGACAGAGCGGAGAGAGCGAGCGCGAGACAAAGAUGGCGGCGGCGGCGCGAGCAGCAGCGUGACUCGGUGUAGUGGAGCCACACGUCCCGAAACAACCCGCGGAGAGAGAGCGCGAGCCAGCGAGGAGAUGGACGGCACGGCACAGUGAGCGAGCCCGCGAGCGAGCGCCCGUUACCGUCCCGCAGCCGCCAGAACCGAGGGAUAACCCGCCCACCCACCUGCCCGCGCGCGCCGAGGAGGAGAGCAGAGUCACCGGGAGCAUGGCCUCGCGCAGCAACCAGUACAUCUUCGGGGAGUUCAGCCCGGACGAGUUCAAUCAGUUCUUUGUGACUCCUCGCUGUUAUGUUGAGCUUCCCCCCUUCAAUGAUAAAGUCUCCUGUGUCAGCCAUAACUCAGGAGGUUACUGCCCUCCUGCUGUGCCGUACAUUACGGAAUCUAUGAGACUGCAGGUCUGCGGAGAAGACUACCAGCACAUCGAGUUUGGUGUGGACGAGGUGAUGAGCUCGGAGCCGGUGGUCAUGAAGGACCCCUUGUACAAAGUCUCCAGCACUCUGAACCCUCAGGCUCCCGAGUUCAUCCUGGGCUGCCAGCCGGCUCAGAAGGCCCUGCCCACGGCCGUGCCCGACGUCGCCGACAUUCCAGAUGGUGCCGACUUUAAUUCUGUGGACUGCGCCGACUCCGAGGCCUCGGCUCUGGACAGCCAGCAGGCCUGCUCUGACCUGGACGGGGUCUCCGGCGGUCUGGGCCAGCGAGAGCGGAAGAAAAAGAAAAAACGACCGCCGGGAUACUACAACUACUUGGAGGGCUCCGUUGGCAGCAGUGGCGGCAGCGGUUUAGUGGCUGUGGAUGGUGUGGCAGCAGGCUCGGGGCUGGUGAAUGGACAUGCCCUUGGUGCCUCAGCUCUGGCAUCUGAGGACAUGGUUGGUGAGGUGCUGCCAGGGACCGACUUGGUCUCUGCAGCUGUUGCCGCCGCCCCUGUCGCUGCCCCCGUCAUCGCCCCUGCCACUUCCACUUCAUCCACAGCUCUGGGAGCAGCUCCUGCUGCUGCCACCACCCCCAGUCAGAGGACUUGUGAUAGCCCUGAUGAAUCCUCAUUGGACUUGACGAGUGGAGCUGCCUCUUUGUCAGACAGUAACGCCGCGGCUUCCUCGUCGUCUUCCUCUUCCUCCUCUCAGAGCAGCCAGAGCUUCGGGCUGGCAGAGGCAGCCAGGACUGCAGAGCAGCAUGCGGAGCCACUGGCUCUAGAGAGCCCCGAACUGCAGGGCAGCGGCGGGCACAGCCCCUGCCCGACUUCGCCCCUUUCCCUUCCUACUCUUUCUCCUCCUGCUGCUGCUGCCACUGCCGCCGCUGUGGCCGCCACUGCUUCUGCUACUGCUACUACUGAUGAGGGCCGGCCCGAGGGCUCGGGCCAGCCUAACGGGCUGCUGGAGUCGUCCCCUGCCAAUGGAGGAGUUGCCGCCGACAGACUCCAGGACUCUUCUGAGACAGACGAGGCCCAGUCAGGCUCCGCCCCUCUCCCGCCACCCUCAGACUCCGAGGCCCAGCCUGCUGCGGCCGAGCUGGCGUCUUCGCCCGCUCCGCCUUCAGCGUCUGCGGCCCUAAACCCCCCUAAAUCCUGGGCCAGCCUUUUCCACAACUCCAAGCCUCUGCCUGGAGGCCCUCAGGCCUACGUAGAAGUGAAAAACGCGCCGGUUGUUGUGGCGGUGUCGCCGGCUGCCACUGAACUGCCUGAGAAGGUCUGUGAAGCGCGGGAGGGCCCGGUUCCUGUCUCUGAAGAUCCAAUGGCCCCUAAAUUGGCAGAACUUAUCGAGAAUGUGAAGUUGGUACACAAACCUGUGUCUUUACAACCGAGAGGACUGAUCAACAAGGGAAACUGGUGCUAUAUCAAUGCUACCCUGCAGGCGUUGAUUGCAUGUCCCCCAAUGUAUCAUCUGAUGAAGUCUAUUCCCAUCUUCAGUGAGACGCAGCGGCCCUGCACCUCCACACCAAUGAUGGAUAACUUCGUCCGGCUUGUGAACGAGUUCAGCAACAUGCCAGUCCCCUCCAAAGCCAAACAACAAGCUACUGGAGAGAAGAUGAUAAAAGAUAUUAGACCAGGCACUCCCUUUGAGCCCACAUACAUCUACAGACUGCUCACCCUCAUCAAAUCCAGCCUUUCAGAAAAGGGUCGACAGGAAGACGCGGAGGAGUAUCUGGGCUUCACCCUGAACGGACUGCACGAGGAGAUGCUGGCACUGAAGAAGCUCAUCUCUCCACAGGAAGAGACAGAAGCCUCCACACCCAAUGGGCCGGGGUCUCACCCGGCUGCUGAGGAGGACCCAGCUGAGAAGGAUGGGGAGGAGGGCAGUGAUGACGAGUGGGAGCAGGUUGGGCCCAGAAACAAGACCUCAAUCACCCGCCAGGCUGACUUCAUCCGCACCCCUAUCACAGACAUAUUCGGAGGGCACAUCAGAUCGGUGGUGUACCAGCAGAGUUCGAAGGAGUCUGCGACCCUGCAGCCGUUCUUCACCCUGCAGCUGGACAUCCAAUCAGAGAAGAUCCGCACAGUACAGGAGGCUUUAGAGACCAUGGUGGCACGAGAGUCUGUCCAAGGCUAUACCACUAAAACCAAGCAGGAGAUUGAGAUCAGCCGGAGGGUGACCCUCGAGGAGCUUCCUCCAGUGCUGGUGCUUCACCUCAAGAGAUUUGUCUUUGAAAAGACGGGUGGGUGCCAGAAGCUGAUCAAGAACAUUGACUACCCGGUCGACCUGGAGAUUAGUAAAGAUCUCCUCUCACCAGGGGUCCGGAGCAAAACGUUGAAAGGCCAAAGAACCUACAGGCUCUUUGCAGUCGUUUAUCACCACGGGAACAGCGCCACGGGCGGCCACUACACUACGGAUGUCUUCCACAUCGGGCUGAACGGCUGGCUGCGCAUCGAUGACCAGGCAGUGAAAGUGAUCAACCACUACCAGGUGGUGAAGCAGACUGCAGAGCGCACUGCCUACCUGCUGUACUACCGCCGCGUCGACCUGCUGUAGAAAAACCACACACACACACGCGCACAUUUACAUACACACACACACUCACACACACAUACAGACACUCAUGCACUCUCUACUACAACACACACUCUAACACACCUACACUUACAGACACGCACACGCCUCAACAGGAACACUGCCCAACUUUCUCUCUUUGCGAGAUUUAUUUUUUUUUGGUUCCUCCUUUCCCCGCCUCCCUUUCUUUCCUCAAACAAUACCCCCCUCCCCUCUCUCCUCCCGCCCUCAUCCUUCGCUUUUUCCAGCAUUUUUCCAACUUUUUUUUUUCUUUCUUUCUCCUUCUUCCCUGAUCCUUUCUCUUAUUUUUUUUGUUCAAUUUGGAAGUAGGAGAAGAAGAAAAAAAAAAGAUACUUUAAAUAAAAGAAGAUGAUGGCGACUUCCUUGAAGAAGUAGGUUAACCCCGCCCACCUCCCACUCAGAACAUGCAGCCCCGCCCCUUUUUUCCUCAAGCGGGAGUCGAGGAGACACCUAGGGACGUCUGAUGAUGGUGGAUUUAAUUGAUUUGAUUGGUUGAUUGAUUGAUAGAUGGAUGGUUGAAUAAAUGAAUGGAUAAUGGACGCUGCGGGGAAAUCAACAAAAACAGCAAAAACAUAAAAACAUGUGUGAGGGGGCGGGGUUAACAACCGAGGAGGGGCAAACCCCAGUAGACAGUGCUGGACCAGAGACGUUGGCUUCAAUACCGAUUCUUUGACUCUUCAAUACCCGCAGCCUUGUUUUUCUUUGGACUGGCACUGUAAGAACUCCAGCUGUGAGCUGAGGCUAAAACUGAAACCCAAACCGAGGAGGGACUGCUGGAGAGAAGUCAUUUAAUAUUUUCUUUUCUUUAUUUUGUUGUGUUUAAUCCACUUUUUUAACGGCAUAGCGAGAGAAAAAACAGCAAACAAAAAAAAAAGUGUUUUGCAUUUUAUUAAAGGGGAUUUGAUUUCGUCGUCCGAAUGAAUUGCAGAGGUUCAGCGAAAGCUUCCGAAUGCGAAUCCGGACGAGAAAAAAACGUGACUUCUUGACUUAAUAGCAUACAACCGGAGGCCCUGCACCAGCAAACUAUGACAGAACAUUUAACCUAUAAAUGUGUAGAUCGCGAUGUGUGACUUUUAUAUCAAAACCCCCUAAAGCAAGACACUCUGCUCUACCAAUGCCACCACCAAUACCACCACCAUAAAAAGAAAAAAUGCCGCCGCCACCACCAACGAUAAUGCUGCCACCACCACUACUACUACUACGACAGUGUCCUCCCUCUUUCUCUCCUCCAUUCCACACGAUCUCGACGCUCUCAGGCCUGUGUGUAACACUGGAGCAAUCAGAUUAGAGCAGAAAUGAAUGAAUGGAAUAAGACCAAAUCAAAGAAGAAACCAGGUUGAGGAAGAGGAGGAGCUGUGGCGCGCUGAAACAUCAAAAAACAACUAAAAAUAAAGGAAAAAAUCGGCUUCUUUGUUCAGGAGAACCCGGGUGUGGUUUCUGGGGGUAGAAUUAGACUGAUUAACACGAUUUUAAUGCGCUUUAGGACAAAAAAGAAAAACCCCUCAAACAACAAAACGUGAUUUUCACAAUUGCUUCUGUGCACGGAAAAUACUAAAAAAAAAAAAAAAAAAAAAAAGCAAA